CCUCAACACGCUGUUUCUAUACCCCUCGCUUGACUCUAUAAUUUACCUGUGACGACUGACGGACCUCCUCCACAAGCACUACAUAACACCCAGCAUACACACUCCACCAUGGCUCCCAUCGCGAUCGAGGAGCAGACCAACGGCCAUGCCAACGGUACACUGAACGCCAAAGCGACCACAUUCACGCCCGGCAGCCACACCUCAACAUACCAUGCCGCCUCUUCAGAGCAGGCCAUGUCGACAGAGGCAGCCUACGCCGCACACAACUACCACCCUCUCCCGAUCGUCUUCGCCAAAGCCUCAGGAUGCUCUGUAUGGGAUCCCGAAGGAAAACACUACCUCGACUUCCUCUCCGCCUACUCCGCCGUAAACCAAGGGCACUGCCACCCAAAACUCAUUCAAGCGCUGAUUGAGCAAGCGAGCCGCGUCACACUGUCAAGCAGAGCGUUCUACAACGAUGUCUUCCCAAAAUUCGCGGAAAAGAUCACCUCGAUGAUGGGCUUCGACAUGGUAUUGCCCAUGAACACCGGAGCAGAGGCGGUGGAGACGGCAGUGAAGCUGGCAAGAAAGUGGGGAUACAAAGUCAAGGGCAUUCCGCAAAACAAGGCGUUGGUGUUCAGUGUGACGGAGAACUUUCACGGCAGGACAUUUGCGGCGAUCACCAUGUCGACGGAUCCAGAGAGCAAGGAGAACUACGGCCCAUACCUGCCAAACGUAGGAGCUGAAUGCCCGUCGACUGGCAAGCAGAUUCCAUUCAACGAUGUCAAGGCGUUGGAGGCGGCGUUGGAGGCACACGGCAAAGAGGUUGCUGCGUUCCUCGUGGAGCCAAUUCAAGGAGAGGCAGGCAUUGUCGUGCCAGAUGAGGACUACCUAGUCAAGGUCCGCGAGCUCUGCAACAAGCACAACGUCCUUCUCAUCUGCGACGAGAUUCAGACUGGUAUUGCACGCACAGGAAAGAUGCUCUGCCACGAGUGGAGCGGCAUCAAGCCCGACAUGGUCCUUCUCGGCAAGGCCAUCAGCGGCGGCAUGUACCCAGUAUCAUGUGUCCUCGCUUCAAAGGAGGUCAUGCUCACAAUCGAGCCCGGCACUCACGGCAGCACAUACGGAGGCAACCCCUUGGGAAGCGCCGUAGCCAUCAAAGCCCUCGAAAUCGUCGAGGAAGAACAACUCGUCGAGCGCGCCGAACGUCUCGGCCACGUCUUCCGCGCCGGCCUCGCAGAAAUCGCCAAGCGCGACCCCAUGAUCACCACCAUCCGCGGCAAAGGCCUGCUCAACGCCAUCGUGAUCGACGAGUCCAAGACCGGCGGCCACAGCGCGUGGGACCUGUGCAUGUUGAUGAAGCAGAAGGGACUUUUGGCGAAACCUACCCACCAGAAUAUCAUUCGUUUGGCGCCGCCGCUUGUUAUCAGUGAUGAGGAGAUCCAGACUGCGUUGAGGAUUAUUGAGGAGGCUGUUACUGAGUUGCCGACGUUGAAGGGUGAGAAGGAGGAGAAGGUUAUUCCUCCGGGUGAGAAGAAUGUGCAUAUUGGGAUUGAGAACUGA